GGAAAGGGUAGGAAUAUUUCGCGCCAAAUUGAAACAACAGGCACUCACUCUGAGCGGUGGACGAGAAGAGCAGAGACGUAAACCACCAAGCUGAAGUUUUACCUGACUUUUAUUUUUAUCUCGCUGAAGUUGAAGCUUUGCUAAUAUGGAGGAGGCAAACAAGCUCAUCGGCACCGGCAAGAAGCACCUGGUGAUGGGAAAGGUGGUGGAGGCGGUGAGCUCCCUGCAGGAGGCCUGCGGCAUGCUAGCUAAGAAGUACGGAGAUACGGCAGACGAGUGUGGAGAAGCUUUCUAUUGGUGUGGAAAAGCUCUUCUGGAUUUGGCUCGGAUGGAGAACUCAGUCCUGGGAAACGCUCUAGAAGGAGUACCAGAGGGUGAGGAAGAUGAGGAAAAACCCAAAGACUCCAAUGUUGACGGCACAGAAAACAUUGAUGAGAAGACAAGAGAUGAGCUGAGGGUUCAGGUGUAUGAUGCCAUGGCUGAGAAGAAAGAUGAAGAGAAAAAAGACUCAGAUAAAGAGGAUGGAAAGGAAAGCGAAGAUAAAGAGAAAAAUGGUGAUGUAGAAAAAGCAGAGGCUGGUGAUGAAGAACAGAAAGAAGAAAAAGCGGAGGAGGAGAAGAAGAAUGAGCCUGGGAGCAAAUCUGAAAGUGAAGAAAAGACUGAAAAGGACAAGGAGGCAGAGGAACAAACGGAGGAUAAAGAAGAGGAGGCAGGAGACGGGGAGGAGGAGGAGGAGGAAGAUGGUGAGGAUGCAGAAAUGGACUGUGAUGGAGAGGAGCAAGGUGAAGGGGAGGGAGACGGCCCAGCUGAAAAGGACAGUGAUGAUGAAGAUGAGGUGGGAAACCUGCAGCUUGCAUGGGAGAUGCUAGAAGUGGCUAAAGUAAUCUAUAAAAGGAAAGAAGCCAAAGAGGAUCAACUCAUGGCGGCUCAGACUCACUUAAAACUGGGAGAAGUUUCUGUUGAAUCAGGAAACUACACUCAGGCGCUGGAGGACUUCCAGGAGUGUCUGAAGCUGCAGGUGAAGCACCUGGACUCUGACAGCCGCCUGCUGGCUGAGACGCACUACCAUCUGGGUGUGACCUACAGCUUAAACAUGCAGUACACCCAAGCCAUCAAAUCGCUGCAGAGCUCCAUCAACGCCAUCAAGAGCCGGCUGGACAAACUUAAGGAGCUGCUGGAUAAGGCCGAGGGUCCAGAAGCUCUGCCUGAUGAGAGGAAAGAGAUGGAGGAGCUGAAGGCGCUAUUGCCAGAGAUCCAGGAGAAGGUGGAGGACGCUACAGAGGCUCAGAAAACGGCGAGUACCGCCGCCGAGGCCAUGAAGGGGGUGCUGGAUGGAGGCUCCACUUCUUCUGCUUUCCCUGGAACUGCUGUUGAAAACACCGACACAUCACCUAAUGCCAAGAUUAACGGCACAACAAACGGAGUCAGCUCCACUAACGGACACACCUCAAAAGCUCCAGUCUCAGAUAUUUCCCACCUGGUCAGGAAGAAGAGGAAACCAGAGGAGAGUCCAGUGAAGGAGGGCGUGGUGAAGAAGGUAAAGCAGGAUGCCGAUCAGACUAAUGGAGAACAAGAGGCUCACACCAACGGAGAUACUAAUGGCCACGCUGCAGAGGUCAAGAGUCAGUGAAGCUGGACUCCCUCCUGGGGUUUCAGUCUCCUCCUGAGAGAAGAGAUCCAACAUUUCAUGAAGCACUUACUGUUGCUGAACUUGUAUAUCUGUAAAUCUUUUCUGUGCCUGUUUAUAUGUUUCACAUUUAACCUAUGAAGUUCAAUAAAGUAAUUAUUUGAUACAA